CAUAUCACCAGCCAUAAAUCCGAAUCGACCCACUGGGACCACCCCGAAAUGACGAACCUCCUUCACGACCUCAGUACGUUGAAUGCCGUGAGAUUUUCAGCCUACAGGACGGCCAUGAAACUCAGGAUGCUCCAGUUCAGGCUCAAAUUAUCAUCAACCUCACUGAAAACGGUCCACGAAUACCUCAUAUCGUCGGCUCCACAGUCACGUGAUGCGACGGUUGGGGUCAGUGACGUGGUGACCUGGUUGUUAGACCUCUACCCUGCAGACGCACCCACCUUCGACCUCACCCUCAACUGGCUCUUCAACGUUUACGAUAUCCAUAGAACUGGUCAUUUCAAUUUGUUGUCCAUCAAGGUAGCCCUUAUGCUGUUAAGCAACGCAUCUCUUGAAGAGAAGUUCAAAAAACUGUUCGAGUUGGUGUGCGAUGAACGGGCGCUAAUGAGUUCGACCCAGCUGUCCAGUUUGCUGAUAGAAUUGAUGAAGGUCCCUCAGCAACUGGGAGAGGAUUAUUCGUUCGGAGGUCUCAACGUGCAGCCCAGUGUCAAGAGCUGCUUCGAAAGGGCAAUGUGUGACGACAUGAUAGAUUGUGACCAGUUCCUAGAGUGGACUCGCAUGGAGCCGCAGUCCAUCGUGUGGUUACAUGUCAUGCAUAGGCUGUGUGCCGCCGAAAGAUCCUUGCAUCAAGUCAGAUGUGUCAUUUGCAAAAUCAUGCCCAUCUCUGGAAUAAGAUACCGUUGUUUGAAAUGUUUCAACUUCGACAUGUGUCAGAACUGCUUCUUUGCGGGCAGUACCACAAAAAACCACAAACUGAAUCAUCCUAUGCAGGAGUACAGCAGCGAGGCGACAUCUGGAGACGAAAUGAGAGACUUGAAGGUUGUGCUGAAAAACAAGUUCCGAUCGAAGCAGUAUUUCAAGAAGCACCCGAGACUUGGCUACCUACCUGUGCAGCCAUCCUCAAGUGAAACAAACACCAUUGAUAGAAUUCUCCAAGAAGAGUACAACCAGUUGAAAUUGGUGCGCAGUGAGCCAAGUUUGUUCUGCAGAGAAUUGUCGGUGGACACUGGAAGUGAGGUUCUAAACAAGGAGGACUUCCUGAGACAGCACAAGAACAGAUUGGAGGCGAGGAUUCAAUAUCUGGAGGGACACAACAGACAGAUUGAAUCAACUCUUGAUCAACUGAAACAAAUACGUUUUGAGGUGAUUGCUAUUUGUUUAGAAAAACAUUUUCAUAUAACUUCAGUUAAAAUUACGAUACGUAUAAUUCAGCCAGAAAACAUGAGAAUCGUCACUUAUACAAAGACUCCACAGGUGGAGGCGUUUGUUUCAUCCUACCAGCAGAACGACCUCUACCACCCUCCCCCGCCCUUUAGGAACUCCCAAAAUCAAAUCAAUAAUUCUGCGUUUUGA